GGAUAAUAUGAUGCGGCUACCAUGUCAUAAUAUUUGUCAUUUGGACCCAACCAAAACCCUAACGGAGUAAGUGGUGCAUAAUGCCUGCCAUGGCUUCCGGUCUUCUGUGGCGACGGGCCAUUACAGAGCUCGGCGAAGGCAGCAGCUCGGCUGUUCGGUGGUUCCUUCUUCCGCGCCGCUUCUUCGCGUCGCCAUCCUCCUCACCAACUUCGAGCCCUAGCCUCUCGAUCUGGCGGCGAAAGAAAGAGAUGGGGAAAGAAGGCAUCUUUGUGGUACAUCAGCUGAAGCGGCUCGCUUCUGCUGGGCCACGCCUUGACCGGUUCAUGAAAUCUAAUGUCACUCGGCUUCUGAGAACGGAUUUGCUCGCCGUGCUCGCCGAACUCCAGCGCCAGGACCAUGUGUUUCUCUCAAUGAAGAUAUAUGAUGCUGUCAGGAAGGAGAUUUGGUACCGGCCUGAUAUGUACUUCUACAGAGACAUGCUCAUGAUGUUGGCAAGAAACAAGAAGUUGGAAGAGACAAAACAGGUUUGGGCACAUCUGAAGAGUGAGGAGGUCCACAUUGAUCAGCAUACCCACGGGGAUAUCGUGAGAGCUUACUUGGACGGAGGGCUACCUGCCUUUGCAAUGGAACUUUAUGAAGACAUGAGGAGUUCUCCGGAUCCACCAUUGUCUCUCCCAUUCCGAGUCAUGUUGAAAGGUCUCAUACCCUAUCCUGAAUUAAGGGAAAAAGUUAAGGAUGAUUUCUUGAAGUUAUUUCCGGGUAUGAUCGUAUAUGAUCCGCCAGAAGAUUUGCUUGAUGAAUAGCAAUUAUUCUUGUUCCGAAGAGGCAUCAAAAUUUGAUUUGUCAAUCUGCAAGUGCAAUUUUACAAGGUGGUGGUCCUCCAUGGAUGUAAGCUUUUGGUACGGCUGUCAACCAAGUCUAUCAGAAUUGGUUCUUAUGUCGAAUAGAAGCUGAAGAACUUGUCACUCCAUGAAAUGGGCAAUUGUUGUAGAGUAGCACCACUAAUUGCUGCAACUAUGGUAUGAUUUGGAGUCUUAAUGAAGAGUUUUAUUGUCAUGGCACCUGAAUAGUAAAUCAACUUUUGUAGAUAACGAUCUGUGAUUAUGCAGCUUGAUCGUUAGUGGGGCUGCGUGACAUUCUAGUUUGGAGAAAAAAAAAUAAAAUGGGCGUUCUUUAUUAUUGUAAUCAUAAAAGAGUCCUUCAUUGUGUUGAUUAUCAAAAAGAUGCCUCAGGGAUGUUUGUUAUCCUUUAUUUUUAAUCUUAAUUUACUGAAACAUGAGAAAUUGUUUA